AAAGAAGAGCUAGAGUGUGACACUUUGCUUGUAUCUGUCGGCCGCCGGCCCUACACAAAUAACCUCGGCCUGGAGGAGCUGGGCAUUGAGAAGGAUGCUAAGGGCAGGAUCCCCGUCAACUCGCGGUUUCAGACAGUAAUUCCUAGCAUCUUUGCCAUUGGGGACUGCAUCCAUGGCCCCAUGCUUGCCCACAAGGCUGAGGAUGAGGGUAUUGUGUGUGUGGAGGGUAUUGCUGGUGGCCCUGUCCACAUUGACUACAACUGUGUCCCAUCUGUCAUCUACACACACCCAGAGGUGGCCUGGGUUGGCAAGACUGAGGAAGACCUGAAAGCAGAGGGCGUUGAAUACACUGUGGGCAAGUUUCCCUUUGCCGCCAACUCCCGAGCCAAGUGCAAUAAUGACACAGACGGCCUAGUAAAGGUUUUGGCUGACAAGCACACAGAUCGCCUUUUGGGCUCUCAUAUCAUUGGCCCGGGAGCUGGGGAGAUAAUCAAUGAAGCAGCGCUGGCUAUGGAGUAUGGUGCCAGCUGUGAAGAUGUGGCUCGGGUAUGCCAUGCUCAUCCCACCUGUUCAGAGGCAUACCGUGAGGCCAACCUAGCAGCAUACUUUGGAAAGGCAAUCAACUUCUAGGGCCCACUCAGUACCUUGUAAAUUUUUUAUAUGUUUUAAGUAUACCAUCAUUUAUUACCAUCAUCUGUUAAUGAAUCCAAGAUAAAGAUUUGGUAAUGAUUUUCAAUUGCAUUAUGAGAUUACAUGUUUCUAGUAAUUACUGGUUUACAUACACCUAUCCCAAUUUUCAUACACUCACAACUUGUAACUAAAGGUCACCGUGCCAGAUGGGUAACUCAUGUUUACAGGGAUAUGAACUUUGUCAGGUUUACAUGUAGCUGUUCUCUUUCAGUUUAUGGUGGACAAUGUGCAUUAAAGUAAAUGACUGCUUCUUGGAUGUUGGUCUUAACUAGACACAUUGUGUAGCCAGUCAAAGGAAAUUUACAAGACCUUAAGCAUAUUUAAUAACAGUGUUCAUGCUUUAAAUCACUGGCAUUGACAAUUUGAAAAUCCACUAAUGGUAUUUCCUGUUUAAUUGAUCAGGUUGUUCAUUUAUUCAUAUUUCUGAAGGGUUUGAUAUGUUUUAUUUUCCCAAAAGCUUGUAAAGGGGAUUUUAAAAAGAGGGAGAUGCUUCGUGAAGGUGAUUGGCGCUCCCCCCAUGUACAUAGCUGUGAAUAUUUAUGAUGAACACAAUGCUGACAGAAAUCUUGUUAAGUUAUCCCUCAUGGAGGAUUAAUUUGUAAGUAAAUCUAAUUGAAUACAGA